GGGCAUGCGCUGCCUGGCUGGGCUGGAUUGCGACCCUAAAAGUUUAAUGAUUCCCUAUUGAGGCACAGCUGGCUGGCUUGCUGCGCCGUACGCCAAAGUACACAUCUUCGCUCUUCCACCACUGAUGCAGAGUGUCCCCACCAGCCAGUCGCGGAUGAAUCGCCUUCGCAGCCCUCGCAUCCGCCCUCGUAUCACUUCCCUCGCGCAAGCCCACCUGCAGGCUACUGGCCAUCUCUCGCCUAAAAUCCCGAUCCGUACGAAGUAUGCGCCCAGCAGGUGCCAGAAGCGUCUCACCGUUGACCGGGCGGGGGGCCUACUACCUACGCAGUAUAGUAUCGUACAUAUGCACCCCUACAGUAAGUCCAUGCAAAUCGUGCUCCGUCGUAGCCGGUUGGAUCAUCGAUCCCAAUUAUUCGCGAACCGGGGUCCGGAUUAUUCCCUUUCCACCCAACAAUCUUGCAAGUCGCAACCAGAGAGUGCCAAUACCCCAUACCCAGUAGUGCCCAAUAGUACGCGAUCCGAUGAUUGUUAUUCGAUAUCGCGCAUAUCGUCGUCCGUGCAUACCCAGCCAGCACUUUCUUUUCGCUGUCGAGAGCGAAUACCGUACUGUAGAGACUCCCUGCCACCUACUUGUCUUGUAUAGGCUAUGUGCGCACGUACAGCAGGCCCUCGUCGCCUUGUCCCUCGUCGUCCGCAGAUUGCUCCAGCUGCUGCCGGAGCCAUUCCACCGUGUCGCCCACCGAGCUCGCCGCGAGCGUGCUGUCUCCCGCCAGCGUCUGGAAGGCCUGCUGCAGCACGUCAUCCGCAGACACCCUCUCGCCGGGCCAGUCGGCUGCGAACCG